ACUUUUAAAACUUGUUAUUCCAGAACGGGAUGAUGAACCAUUGAUUUCAUGGGCAAGAUCAUUUUUCAGUAGUUUUCUUAGAGAUGGAAUUAUCAAAAUUUUUAAGGAAUCUCGUCAUUCUGCUGUGUCUGUUUCUUAAUUUGGUGAAUGUUGGACAUCAGAAAUCAAUUGACGACGCGUAUGACGCCCACCUAGAUCUGGACGUAGAAAGUACUCGUGAGAACGACGACGGUGAAAAUGCUUAUAACAUCUCCCAUGUACCAAUAGUGACUGCCCCGCUAUCUAAAGUUGACACCAAACCUCGCCAAAUCAGUUUGAGUGGCAAUGACGAUGAAUUCGCCUGCAAUCCUUCCGCAACUCCAGGCCUUGGUCAGUACAUAAUUGGCUAUGGUUCUCUCAUGUCCACUGAAUCGAAGGAUCUGACGUCGCCCAACACGGGGGAAAAUCUUCCCGUUAAAGUUCGAGGCUAUUCUCGUGUCUGGAACUGUAAGGGGACCUCGGUCAGUUACAGUACGACGUAUCUUGGCGUCGUGGUCGCAGACAGCAGGAAAACCUUUGUAGCGGCCGUUUACAAGCUCCCGAACGCCGCAGCCUUGCUUGACUAUGAUGCCCGUGAGUCUUUCUACUGCAGGGAGGAAGUCCCCAUGAGCAAGAUUCAGAUGCUAGCGACUAGGAAGACGCUAGGUCAAGGACAAUAUUGGAUGUACGUGACCAAGCCGGAAUACAGCGAAGAACCGACGAGAGAAUACCCAAUCGUCCAAAGUUAUGUGGACACUUUUCUCACGGGGUGUUUCGAACUGGAGGAAAAGUUUAAUAUUACGGACUUUGCGAAGGAGUGUGUCAGGUCGACUGAGGGAUGGGAAUCGCCAUGGGUGAAUGAUCGAAUCUUCCCCCGGAGGCCGUUCAGGCAUCAAAAAAAUGCUGGAAAAAUUGACCGACUCCUCAACACAAUGGUUCCAAGGGCUUACAAAAAUAUAAGAAUUGAGGGGUGAUUAUGUAUGGAAGUGGUUAGCUGAAAUUUAUUGACAAUAAAAUAAUAUUUGCAAAUGUUAUUAAUGGA